AUGGCCUGGCGCUCCCACGGCCAAUCUAACGAUGAUUUAGUCGACAACCUGAAGGCGAACGGGAUCGUCACUUCUGCUCGCGUGGAAGCCGCCAUGAAAGCCGUGGAUCGCGGUAAUUUCUGCGCCUACAAUCCCUACAUGGACUCGCCUCAAAGUAUCGGGCACCAGGCGACCAUCAGCGCCCCGCACAUGCACGCAUACGCCCUCGAACUGCUCCGCGACCAUCUCCCCGAAGGUGGAACGGUGUUGGACGUCGGCUCGGGCAGCGGCUACCUCACGGCUUGCUUCGCGCACAUGGUCGGUCCGACCGGUUGCGCGGUGGGCAUAGAACACAUUCCAAACCUCACCAAACUCUCCGUUGAGAAUUUGAAUAAGAGUAGCCCAGAACUUUUGAAAGAAGAGAGGGUGCUUUUGGUGACAGGAGAUGGAAGAUUGGGCUACCCGCAAAAGGCGCCCUAUGAUUGUAUUCAUGUUGGAGCAGCCGCUGGGUCCGUCCCAAGUGCCCUCCACGACCAGCUGAAACCUGGAGCACGGCUCGUCGUGCCGGUGGGACCCGAGCAUGGUGUGCAAUAUUUGGAACAGCACGACAAGGCACAGGACGGGAGCGUGAAAAUCCAGCGGCUAAUGGGAGUUCGUUAUGUACCACUGUGCGACAAGGAGCACCAGCUGAAUUAG